AUUUUGCAAUUUCUUUUUAUUUUGCAAUUGUAUUUUUAUUUAGGAUUUAUUGUCUUCUCGUAGAUUCCCGAGUUUGGGGAAUUUGAGAUCUAGAGCUGCCUUUUUUAAAAAAAAAAUGAUUAUAAUUGAUCUAGAUACAAUCCUGUCAGCGCUUUUCCAGCGGCAAAGGAGGGUCUAGAGAUGGGGUGACGGGCCCCCACGUCGCUUUUGACUUAAGGUGACCCUAAUAGACUUUUGAAGACCUGUCAGAUAUUUAAUGAUUGCUUUUACCAGGGCCAGCCGCCCAGAUAAUUCAAAAGACAGUAUGACAGUGAACACAACUUCGCUCUGUUUCAAAAAUAAGGUCAUCUUAGCUCCUAUGGUGCGGGUCGGGACCCUACCAAUGCGGCUCUUGGCUUUGGAUUAUGGGGCGGAUAUUGUUUAUUGUGAGGAGCUGAUUGACAUAAAGAUGCUUCAAUGCAAGAGAAUGGUAAAUGAUGUGCUUGGAACAGUGGACUUUGUGGCUCGCAACGAGAGGGUUGUGUUCAGAACCUGUGAAAAGGAAAAGGAUCGGGUUGUCUUUCAAAUGGGAACAGCUGAUGCCGAGAGGGCUUUAGCAGUAGCCAAACUUGUAGAGAACGAUGUGGCUGCUAUUGAUGUCAACAUGGGGUGCCCCAAAGAAUAUUCCACUAAGGGAGGGAUGGGAGCCGCACUCUUGUCUGAUCCGGACAAAAUAGAAUCUAUCCUGGCCACUCUGGUGAAAGGCAUUAUGAAGCCAGUGACCUGCAAAAUCCGAAUCCUGUCAUCCAUGGAAGAAACGAUAAACCUAGUGAAGAAGAUAGAGAAGACAGGAGUUGCCGCUAUUGCCGUUCAUGGCAGGAAGAAAGAAGAGAGGCCCCAACAUCCGGUUCAGUGCGAUGUCAUCAAAGCCAUCUCUGGAGCCGUGUCUAUCCCGGUAAUAGCCAAUGGAGGGUCUCAUGACUUCAUCAAAAAGUAUACUGACAUAGAAGCCUUCCGGGACGCAACAAGGGCGUCCUCAGUGAUGAUUGCCCGCGCUGCCAUGUGGAACCCGUCCAUCUUCAGGAAGGAAGGCCCCUGCCCCUUGAAAGAUGUCAUGCAGGAGUACAUCAAAUAUUCCGUCAGGUACGACAAUCACUACACCAACACAAAGUACUGCUUGUGCCAGAUGCUUCAAGAACAGCUGGAGAACGCACAAGGGAAGAAGCUACACGCUGCCCAGUCCAUGCAGGAAAUCUGUGAAGUCUUUGGUAUGAGCAGUUUUUACCAAGAAGCGUCAGCUUUUCUGGAGGGGAAGAAAGUUUCAUUAGAAGCCACCGACCAGGAGGAGGAAGACCAAGCCGACGAUCCAGAAGUCAGAAAAAUGGCCGUGAGAUUUGAUAAGCGAGAAUACCCCCCACAGAUUACCCCCAAAAUGUGUCUUUUGGAGUGGUGCAGAAAAGAAAAGCAUCCCCAGCCAGUUUACGAAACGAUGGAAAGGCCGCAGGACAGACUCUUCUGUUCCGUGGUCACCGUAGCAGAACAAAAGUACAGAUCAACUUUAUGGGAAAAGUCGAAAAAGUUAGCUGAACAAGCGGCGGCUAUUGCUUGCUUAAGGACUCUCGGCCUUCCGGAGGGGAAGUGGAACGAAGAGGUAAACCAUUUGGUGAACAAACGCAAGAGGCAAGACCAGGAACCUUUGAUCAAUGGAGAGCAUGGACUUCCAACAGAGACUGCUUGUAAGAAACCUCAUUUUCUUCCAGGAGCUUCUAGCGCUAACAUUUCCUAAGUAGUCAAAAAAAGAGAGACAUUUUACACUGAUGCCGCAAUAGGUUUCUCACUGUUUAUUUCUCUUAAAUGCAGAGAACCGGGUCAGGAAAACGUGGAUCUUGAAUCACAUCAUGAAUAAAUUCUUGGCGGGUUGUUCCUUUGAGACAUUUACACAGCUUUCUGGGGGAAAUGGGAGAUUGUAAAUGUUUUUGGAGUAGAAAGCAGAGAGGAUGAGAUCAGAAAUGUUCUAAUUGGAAAUUACAUUCCUGUUCAGCAAUCCCAAGGUAGACGCUUGACCGUUUGCUACUGGUUCCCUUUUUUGAGGGGAGGAGUACAGUCAGACAGCUGAGUGAACAGCUCAGUGGUUGAGGUCAAUGGCUGUGGAGCCAGAGGUUAUGAGUUCGAUUCCCCACUGCUGUGCCUUCUGGGAGAAGAGCCAGCCUGGGUGGCCUUGGGCCAGCUGCGCAGAGUCCCAGAACUGCCCCCUAAAGGAAGGGAAUGGGAAACCCCUUCUAUGUCUUCCCUACCUGGAAAAUCCAUAAGCCAGAAUUGACUUGACAGCGUAUGAUGAUUAGUAUUACUGCAACAACCCGAUUUAGCAACAAGUGUGAUAUC